GGAGUGAGGGAGCUGGGAGACUGUACUGCACAGGCUCUGACAGGCCUGAUAAUACAGCUGCAGAGCUCAGGAUCUCCACAGCCUCCGGGCCCGAAGGAGCAGCAGGCGGUCCGCAGUCUGCUGGACACUCUGCAGGCGCUGGCUCCCUCGCAGAGCAGCCACAGGGAGACGCUCUGUGUCGGGGGGGUGUCCGUCUGCCUGUCCCACUUCCAGGUGAAGACCCGCGCGCGCUGAGGGGGGAGCAGAGCUGGCCGGUGAGAUCUGAAAUCGACUCUGGCUGGUCCACCAUCGGUCUGCUGAUUUCCACAGUGUGCUGCUGGCUUCUCGGCAGUACAGUAGCGCCUGGGGCGAAGAUUCCUAAGUAUCAAUUAUACAUGAUACUCUAACACGAGGUUGGAUGCAGAGACGGCGAUACUGCAUCUGCGAAUCUGAAUAUCGGCUCUUCAGUUUUGUUCGCCCUGCGUCCCCCCCGGCUCGGAGAAGGACCGGUCCUUCCUGCCUGUGUCCCUGACCGUGUGCUCAUCAGCGCCCCCUGAUGGACGUGCUGUGCCUGUGCGCUGUGCUGCUGGGCCUGGUGGGGACUGCCCUCUCCUCCUCUUCCUCAGAGUCACAAAGGCAGAGGCAUGACUCCAACCUGGAGAUCUGUAUCCUCUCGAGUGGUCUGUCCUGUAGAGACACUGAGAAAGAGACUGUAGGGACAGUCAGUAAAGAGCUCUGUCUUUAUUCAAUUUGUGAAAUGUGUGAGGUCAGCGAGAUGCGUGACGUGAGAGGUGGGGUGCUGUACCCACACGCGCAUGUGGACACGAGUCCCCUGUUCCUGCAGGUGCUGGAGGACUCCAGGGCUGUCCUCAUGGCCGCCAACAUGCAGCCUGACGACCCCUUCCCCCUGGACGACAAGCUCAAGGAAGCGUACUCCCACGUGGUGGAGAACACGGCGUUCUUCGGCGACGUGGCCCUGCGCUUCCCGCGGAUCGUGCACCACUACUUCGACCGCAACGCCAACUGGAACCUGCUGCUGCGCUGGGGGCUCAGCUUCUGCAACCAGACCGGGGUCUUCACUGGGGGCGCCCACCAGCACGUCCUGACACUGAUGGCUCAGGAGCUGGGCAUCAUCGAGAAGUCUCCUGACUUUACCAACCCCUACCGCACCGAGAGAGACGAUGUCCUGCACACGGCCGAGGCCUUCCAGAGGGUGCUGAGGGAGGAGGAGAAGCGCCGGAGGAAAGAGGAGAAGAGGAAAGAGAUCAGGAAGGGGCCGCGCAUCUCUCGCUCCCGCUCGGAGCUAUAGCGCACAGACUGGCACUGGGGCACCGGGAGGGAGGGGAGACAGCACGCUGUGUGGAGAUGGAGGGAGGGAGGGGAGACAGCACGCUGUGUGGAGAUGGAGGGAGGGAGGGGAGAGACAGCACGCUGUGUGGAGAUGGAGGAGGGGAGACAGCACCCUCUGUGGAGAUGGAGGAGGGGAGAUACCACAGAGUGUUGGGGAAGGCUGUGGGUAGAGACAGAGAGCGGGGGGCUGUGGGUGGGGACUGUGGGCAAGG